AACACCAUGAGUGACAAGCUUUCCCGAACCAUACAACGGUUCCAAGCCAAAAUCGACAGCGGCAGCUUCUACGAGGCCCACCAGACCUUGAGAACCAUCGCCAAUCGAUACAUCAAGGCCAAGCAGUACGACGAAGCCAUCAAUCUUUUAUACCAAGGUUCGGUCAUUUUGGCAAAGAACAAAGAGUAUACCAGUGCAUGCGAUUUGAUUGUGUAUUUACUCGAAGUAUACCAUGAGAGCAGCAAGACCAUUGAUGACAAAGACGCUAAGGACAAGAUUAUCGAGGUGAUAAGUUACAUUCCCAGUUCUGAUCCGGGGUUGGCAGAUUUAUCCAAACGGGCGGUGGAAUGGUCCAAGAACGAAUCUAAUAAGUUUGGAGACCACGAUUUGCAUAACUUGUUUGGCACCAAGUUCUUGAAUAGCCUCGGCGAGUCCAAGGCCGACGAUGUGGAAAAGAGAAAGAUCUUUAGCGUGGGAGAGUUCCACUCGAUUUUGGGAAACUCCAGCUCGUUGAACACCUACACAGACUUCUUAUACCAGUGGGCCAAGAGCAGCGAUGAGGAUGAAGGAAUAUUCAUUACCCGAGCCGUGGUCAACUACGCCUAUUUGAAGAACAUCGAGUUUGCCAAAGAGUGUUUAAGUAAAUUCAUGGCUAAAUUGAUAAAGGACUCUCCUAAUUAUGAAACAUUGACCCAAGACCACCACACAGUCUACUACUAUCCCCAGAAAUCGGUGAUAAACUUUGUCCAGUUGUUGGUGAUCACCCUUUGCAAGCAGGACGCCGGGCACAAGUUCCUCAAGCUCUUUGACUUGUACAAAGCCGACUUGACCCACUAUCAACUCGUGGGUCCGGUGGAGUAUUUGGGUAGGUUUUACUUCAACUUGAAGCUCGGAAACCCGGCUGCCAACCAAAACAUGUUUGCCAACUUGAUGGGCGACUUGUUCAAGUGAUUCAAUAUGCAUCGGUGGCGGUGUCAAGCACCUCAUCCUUAUGAAUACCACUCAGGUUCAAGGCCUCCACCAACUCAAUGCGAUUAGCCUUUAAUAGUUCAUGUUUAGCUUCCGAAUACGUACACCACCGUCUUUUCCUUUUGCUCAGCUCGGGCCAUUGCGUGUGAAGAGUAUCGACCUCCAUCUCAUAGAAAUGGAACUCGGACUUGGGAACCGUCUUUUGGGGGUCAAACUCCUUUCCUGGUGGUAGAAUUGGUGCUUUACUGCCUCGACUAUCAUACACAAUUGGAAGCUUUUGCACAAUUUUCCCUUCACACCCGGCCUCUUCCCAUGUUUCUCUGACGGCAGAGACUACGAAGUCGUCGCCUUCGUCGAGCUCGAUGCCUCCUUUGGGUAAUACCCACUUGUUGGGAUGAACCGAUGACAGAAUCAUAAUCACCUUAUCUUGUGGGACAUUCAAGCAGAUACAUCCUGCAACCAUGCGGGAGCCAGUGUCGGGAUUGUACCGCUGAUUCUCUCUGCCCACCCUGCUGGUGGUGCUUUUGUGGAGGAGGUUUGGGUUUGUGGAGUAAGGGCUAUUCAUCUGGAGGUGAUUGAAGACGGCGAAAAGAGCGCGCAGAUGAGAAGGGACAGCAAUAUAGCCAGAACAGGGUAUCAGGCGAGAUGGUAGGGGCAAGGGCAAGGAUAAGUAGUUGGUUGUAUAGGCUGGGGACUGGUGGUGGAGCUGGCUGAGUGUUGAGUCAGUCUCUGCCAUAAUUGUCAUUUUGUGCAUUCGGUCCCACUGGUGACCGGCCGCUUCAGAUCGCACUGAAAAAAACCCUUUGUCACCACCAUGCGGUUAUUGUCAAUAUUCCUUGUUACCACGGCGGUGGUAGCCCACGGCACCAACGACAUCAAGGCGAAGCCAGAAGGCAUACUGUGGCAGGACUGGCACAUGUUGGAAGAACACCAGAUUGAACAGUACGACCCCAUCACCUUCUUCAAGAUCCACGACCUCAACGACAACGGCAGGUGGGAAACCACAGAUAUCUUAAAUAUCUACGGGCUUGCACGUGAUACGGUUGUAGGGGACGGCUCGGGCAUGGGCCAGCAUGAACAUGGCCACGAAACCAUCACGCAACAGGCCAAGGAUCACGUGGUGGAGACGAUUUUGCUGUUGAUGGCCACCAACGGUGACAGGCACAUAUCGGCCCAGAAUUGGGUUGACUUUACCUCGAGCGGCAAGCAGUUGCCCGACUUUGGCUACGGCCAGGGCCAUCACCUCGACUUUGAAAGAGAGUACGAAGAGCACCACUGGAACCAGUACCACAAAGAUCAGGAUCCUGAGGUGUUGAUCAAGCACAAAGAGGAUAUCGAACACGAGAUGUUGCACCACGAGCAUGAGAUCGAGCAGUCCCAUAACAUGGCCCCCGACAUCCGUGGGAUCACCAAGAAUUUUCAAUCGCCGAUAAAGCUUCACAAUCUUCCUGCCAAGUACACCAAAUGAAUUUAUUAAAUAUACACGUCUAAAUACUACUGUUUCACGCAUCCAAAGGCACAGUCUCUCAACUCUCCCAAGUCGCUUUUACACCUGUCCGGGUUCAUGCCGUUUGUCCUUAAACAUGCGUCAUAUGCCUGUAGUUUCCCGGCGCAGAAACUCUGGAUCUUUUGAAAUGAGGGUGCUUUGGUCUUGAUGCACCCAACAAGCUGGGCCUGUUCGACAUCACAGUCACCUGGCUUGGACAUGCACUGGUGGAACAGAAGAAACUGCUGCGGGCAAUAUCGUGCGAGGUCUUCGAGGAGAAUCUGGUCCAAUACUCCACUGCUCAUGUCUACAGUUAUUU